AUGGAUCGGAAGAGCUGGAUCAUGUGGUUAAUCGUCUUGGCGGUGGUCGGACUACUCCUCGCAGUGGCUAUACCCUUCUUUACCAAGAGCAGCUCUAAACCAUUGGACGAUUCUUCUUCUUCGAAGUCAGAAUCAUCAAUGGAGCAGCAACAAACAUCCACGGCUCCUUCCUCGUCGUCGAUGGAGUAUGAGGGCUUCUUGAGCUUUAGAGGCCCUGAUGUCCGUAACAACUUUGGGGAUUUUCUCUAUACAUCCCAGUUCAGCAGCUUGGCAUGGCUAUGA